AUCACACACACAAAAAUACAUAUCAUUUUUGUUACCUCCAUUGUUACAAAAUGAAUUCGGGAGGUUCUGCAAUUAUAUUGUUAUUAUCAAGCAUCGUCGCUGUAACAAUUGCAUACGAUCCUGACGCUCUUCAAGAUCUUUGUGUUGCCGACAAAUCUCACGGAACAAAAGUGAAUGGAUUUCCAUGCAAGGAGAUGGAAAACAUCACGGCGUCGGACUUCUUCUUCGACGGGAUAUCCAAACCGGCGGCGGUGAACAACACGAUGGGCUCGACCGUGACGGGAGCGAACGUGGAGAAGAUUCCGGGGCUGAACACGCUCUCGGUCUCGCUCGCGCGUAUAGACUACGCGCCAGGAGGGCUGAACCCACCGCACACUCACCCACGCGCCACCGAGGUGGUGUUCGUCUUGGACGGAGAGCUCGACGUCGGAUUCAUCACCACCACUAACAAACUCUUCUCCAAGACAAUAAAGAAGGGUGAAGUGUUUGUGUUUCCGAGAGGGCUCGUUCAUUUCCAGAAGAACAAUGGCAAGUCCCCAGCGGCUGUUCUGUCGGCUUUCAACAGCCAGCUUCCGGGGACAGUGUCGAUGGCGGUGAAUCUAUUUGCGGCGGAGCCCGACGUGCCGGAGAGUGUUCUGACCAAGACUUUUCAGGUGGGCACCAAGAUGGUCGACAAGAUUAGGUCAAGGCUUGCUCCGAAGAAAGCUUGAUGAAUAUAAAAAAAGAGGUUCUAUCUUCUGUCUUGUGAUUUUUUUUAUUAUUAAAAAGAAAAAAAUAAAUAAUAAAGAAAUGCUUCGUACGAACACGAUUGAUGAAGAGGAAUAUGCGAAAAAAGUGUGAUUUCAC